GAUGCAAAAUUAAGAGUCACAAUAGAAUUCUUUAGUAUGCUUUCCAAUAUAUUCUCAAGGCUGACACUCAAUAAUAAGUUUGCUAAACCUAUCAAGCUACCACUGAAUUCUUUGAUCAACUUCCUAAUUGUAUUACAUGUAAUAUAUAUUUUAACAAUCAAAAGCUCUCAAGAAGCAAUAUCUUUUAGAUAAAGCAAGUGUGAAUACAAGAUUUAUUUUGUUGUGUUUGACAACCUUAACCACAGCAGGUUUAACAGCAAGAAGUAAUAUAAUUAAUUAUGCAGUCACUCCAUCAUUUAUCAAAGUAACCAGGAAUACCAUAUUAAGUUAUUUAGGUGCAGGUCUCUUCAUUGUACCAGAAGUGUUUAACCCGUACUUAAUAUAUAGAUAAUGAUU